GCAGCAUCACAUAUCGUGCCAUAGACCGGGAGGUCCGCCAAGCGCAAUAAAACCCCAUAAGCCGACGCCGGGCCAAAGCUUUAUCACGAGAAAUACCCUAACCCAAGCCCAGCUCUUCUCUCUGUCGCCCUCUCGCCGCCGAUCUUGGACAAUGCCGUUCAAGCGAUACGUGGAGAUCGGGAGGGUCGCCCUCGUGAACUAUGGGAAGGAUUACGGGACGCUCGUCGUCAUCGUCGACGUUGUCGACCAGAACCGAGCUCUGGUCGAUGCCCCUGACAUGGUGCGAGGACAAAUGAAUUUUAAGAGGCUUUCCUUGACUGAUAUUAAGAUUGACAUUCCGAGACUUCCUAAGAAGAAGUCUCUAAUUGCAGCCAUGGAAGCUGCGGAUGUGAAGAACAAAUGGGAGAAUAGUUCAUGGGGAAGGAAAUUGAUCGUUCAGAAGAGAAGAGCUGCCUUGAAUGAUUUUGACAGGUUCAAGGUCAUGUUGGCAAGGAUCAAGAGAGGUGGUGCUAUCCAGCAGGAGCUCGCAAAACUGAAGAAGCAGGAUGCAUCCCGAGGUCUGAUGUCAUAGUUUGCUGAUUUUUCCACAUGUAGCUUGUGAUGCUUCACUAUUCGAUCUUACUUUUAGUUAUUGUUCAAAAGCCAGUACUU